ACAAACUCUGGUGUGGAAUUAUCUAAAGGUGGAGAUCGAUCAGAAUCAAAAACUAUAAAUCAUUCUAUCUCAUCAAUACCAGGGAGUGAUGUGCAAGCUAGAAUGGAAAAUUUACGAGAAUAUAAAAAACAGCUUCAAGCUGAAUCUUGA